AUGACGAACGCCGAAGGCAGAUAUGAAGAGAACGGAUGCACCAAUGGCACCACGAACGGUGUCAGUGGUCUUCGUCAGAGUCGAGCAAAUGGAUUCCUGGACAUUACCGUGCUUGGAAUGAACAGCGGAACGGCAAUGGAUGGCAUCGACUGCGCCUUAGUCCGCUAUCGACAGUCAUCUCCAAAGGCUGCUCUUCAUAUGGAGAUUCUGCAGUAUGAUGAGAUGCCGGUACCCCAAUGGAUCAAGAAGCCCAUUCUCCGUAUGCUUCGCGAGACCAACACGACGCCUUCGUUGAUGUCGCAACUCAACGUACAAUUGGGUAAAAUGUUUGGUCAGGCAGUGCUUGAAUUUUGCGAGAAGUGGAACAUCGACCGCAGCAGCAUAGACCUGAUCGGUUCGCAUGGCCAAACGAUCUGGCUUCUAUCAAUGCCAAAGGAGGGAGAGACCCAAUCAGCCUUCUGUCUAGGCGAAGGAACAGUCAUAUCUGGCAUCACGGGCAUCACGACAGUCACAGAUUUCAGGAUGGCUGAGCAAGCGGUCGGCCGUCAAGGUGCACCUUUGGUAGCCCUCAUCGAUGGGUUGUUGCUUCACCAUCCAUCAAAGCUUCGAAUCUGUCAGAACAUCGGCGGCAUCGCGAAUCUCUGCAUCAUUCCGCCCGAUUCUGAAGGUGGCGUCGAUGCCAUGAUUGACUGGGACUGUGGACCAGGCAAUAUGUUCAUCGACGCUGCGAUGCGGUUCUUCACCGAAGGCGAAAUGGAGUAUGAUCGUGAUGGUGAGUGGGGUGCCCGAGGAACUGUGAACCAAGCCAUUGUCGAUCGAUUCCUCGCGACAAAUGAGUACUGCAACCACACACCUCCGAAGACCACCGGACGUGAGACUUUUGGCGACGGCGAAGCCCAGCAGCUGAUCGACGAGUGUCUCGCACAAGGGAUGACUAAGUACGACACGGUAGCGACAAUCACACGGAUCACCGGCCAGAACAUCAUCAAACAGUAUCGAGCCUUCCCGCAAUUGUUUUCCAGAGCGGACGACAUCGACGAGAUAUACAUGUGUGGUGGUGGUGCUAGGAACCCAAAUAUCAUCAGCUACCUCAAAGAGCAGUUGCCGCAUACGCAGAUCAAGAAGCUUGACGAGACAGGCGUGCCUUCAGAUGCCAAGGAGGCAGUCUCGUUCGCGCAGCAGGCACUGGAAGCUAUACUCGGCCGUGCAGCUCUUGUACCAAUCAACAGCGACACGCUGACACCAAACACGAUCUCCGGAAAGAUUGCCCCGGGACUGAAGUGGCGAGAGCUCAUGGCGCAAGCGAUUGCAUUCGGUCAUGGGAAGGAGCUGCCAACGGUCAAGGAGAUGAUUGUUGAUAGCGCAUAUACCAAGUGGAAGCCUUGA